AUGGCUGUUAACACAAUUGGUGAAAUUUUCAUUUCAGAUACGGCCAAUCAUCGAAUUCUAAAGGUUUUAACGAAUGGUACUGUGGAAGUAAUUGGUGGAAAUGGAAUUUCUGGAUUUAGUGGAGAUGGUGAAUUGGCAAUUAAUGCCAAGUUGAAUCGUCCAACUAAAAUUGUCGUAGAUUCAGCAGGGAGAGUUGUUUUUUGUGAUAAUUCGAAUAAUAGAAUUCGUAUGAUUUCGAAUAAUGGUACUAUUUCAACUAUUGCAGGAAGUGGUACUGGAUUUGUACUGGGGGAUGGUGGGUUGGCUACUAAUGCAAUUUUAAAUAUGCCUACAGGUCUGACAAUCAAUUCAAUUGGUGAAAUUUUGAUUGCUGACACUAGUAACUUUAAAAUUCGAAAGAUUGAUCUGAAUGGAAUCAUUACCACAAUUGCUGGAUCUGGAAAUCAAGGUUUUGAAGGAGAUGGAGGAUUAGCAACAAGUGCCCCACUUAAUUUUCCAGCUGAUGUUUCUGUUCAUCCCACUACCAAUGAAGUUUUCAUAGCAGAUUCGAAUAAUCAUUGUGUCCGUAAAAUCUUGACUAAUGGUACCAUUUUUACAGUUGCAGGAAUAUGUGGUGCUCAGGGCCAAUCAUCAGAUGGCGGACUAGCUAUCAACUCACGUCUAAAUUACCCAAUUGGAGUUGCAAUCAGCUCAACAGGUGAUAUUUUCAUUGCUGAAAGAGACAAUAGCAAAGUUCGUAAGGUUUCUUCUAGCACUGGAAUAAUUUCAACUUUUGCAGGAAAUGGAGUUUUUGGAUUUAUGGGAGAUGGUAAAGCAGCUGUGAAUGCAUCAAUCUACAAUCCUUACAAUGUUGCUUUCAAUUCUGCAGGUGAAGCUUUCAUUUCUGACUAUGGUUCAGGAAAGAUUCGUAAAGUUUCUCUGAAUGGAAUAAUAACAACAGUUGUGGGAGAGUACUUGCAGAGUCAAGAUGGUAAAUUAGCAACUGAUGUUGUAUUAAAUACCCCAAAGGGUGUUGCAAUUAGUCCAUCUGGAGAGGUUUACUUUGCCGAUUCUGAUAAAUAUGCUAUUCGAAAGAUAACACUUUCUGGAACGAUAAUAACAAUUGCAGGAUCUGGAUUAUAUGGAUUUGCUGGAGACAAUGGAUACUCUUCACAAUUGAGUAAUUCAUAUGACAUUUUCAUCAACUCGCUUGGUGAAGCAUUCAUUGCUGACACUUAUAAUCAUAGAAUUAGAAAGAUUGAUGUUAACGGAAUAAUAAUGACAAUUGCAGGUAUUGUAACUUCAGGAUUUAGUGGAGAUGGUGGUUUAGCAACAAAGGCAGAACUAUUUGAACCGUAUGGAGUUGUAACUAGCUCUUCAGGAGAUGUAUUUAUUGCAGACACGAGCAAUUGUAGAAUUCGUAAAGUUUCGUCAAGUACUGGAAUAAUUACUACAGUGGCCGGUGGUACAUGUGGGUUUGGAGAUAAUGUUUUGGCUGUCGAUGCUCAAUUGAACACUCCGUAUGGAAUUUCAGUCAAUUCGAAAGGAGAAUUAUUCAUUGCUGACACUAAUAAUCAUAGAAUUAGAAAGGUUUCGUCUAGUGGGUUUAUUUCUACCAUUGCUGGUAAUGGAGUUGGAGGAUUUAGUGGAGACGGUGGAUUGGCAACUAAUGCUAACUUAUUCAAACCAAGUAAGGUCGUGGUCAACUCUAUUGGUGAAAUUUUUAUUGCUGACUCUUCCACAAAUAGAAUUCGUAAAAUUUUGACAAAUGGAACAAUUAUCACAAUAGCAGGAAAUGGAAAUAGCGGAUUCAACGGUGAUGAAGCAGAUGCUACAAAUUCUCAAUUGGGUUCUCCAUAUGGAAUUGCACUAAGCUCAACUGGAGAAAUUUAUAUUUCUGAUCAAGGUAAUAAUAGAAUUCGUAAACUAGUUCCAUAUUGUGUUAAUCAGGGUACAUUAGUGAACGGAUCUUGUUUCUACACAGAUUACAAUAAUAAUUCAACCAAGGAUAAUUCCAAUGUAUCCAAUAAUAAUCAAAUAUUGGCAGUAGUGUUACCAUCCGUUCUCGUUCCUGUAUUUUGCAUUGUUGCUGGUAUAGUUGUGGUUUUAUUGAUUUGUUGUGUUAUUUUCAGUAAGAGAACAAGAAAAGAAAAGUCAACUGAAAAAGUAGAGUCUGUUCCAAGAGAUUUGGAAAUGGCAAUAGAAAGUCAAACACUUCAAACAAUGGAAAGUGUCAAAUCAGAACCCACAGAUUUCCCAUCAGAGCAAAGUUUGUACUUCCAAUCAAUGGUAUCAAGCCAGUACAAGUCAGUAGCUUCAGAAUCUUCCAGUAAUAAUGCAGCUUCCAAAUAUAAUAUAUUAGAAAAGAUUGGAUCUGGUGCAUUUGGUUCUGUUUUCAGAGUAGAAGUCAAGAAAACAGGUGAUAUUAAGGCAGUUAAGGCACUGAAAUAUGUUGAUCACGAUGAUUUGAACAAUAUCAUGAAGGAAGGAAUUCAACUUUUGAAAAUGGAUCAUCCAAACAUUGUCAAAGUCAAUGAUAUGUUUGUAGAUAGUUCUCAAUUGGUAUUUAUUGAAAUGGAAUUCUAUGCCUAUGGUGAUUUAAGCACCCUGAUUCAAGACACGAAUACCAUUCACUCAGAAAUAUUAUUACGAAAAAUACUUGAACAAUCAUGCCAAGCUCUCCAAUAUAUUCAUGAAAAUCUUAAGAUUGUUCACAGAGAUAUCAAACCAUCAAAUAUCUUCCUCAAAUCAAUUGAUUUAGCAAAUGAUGAUAUUCAUAUUGUAUUGGCUGAUUUUGGAUUAGCCAAGGAUACACAGGGAUCCAUGGCCAAAUCAUUUGCUGGAACUCCUCUUUACAUGCCACUUGAAUUGAGUCUAGGAGUUAAUUACACAUUCAAUGCUGAUGUCUAUUCACUUGGUGUCACCAUGUAUCAACUCAUGACUAAGGAUGUACAAACCUCAAUAAGCUAUCUCUACAUGAACAAAAAUUCUAUUGAAACCAAACAAAUAUUGAGAAGUAAGAUGGAAGCACCGAAUACUUAUUCAGAUCAAUUGAUUGAUGUUGUUUUAAAUAUGAUUGAAAAGGAUAUGGAAAAGAGACCAUCAGAAGUUGACGUUCUCAAUCAAAUGAAAUGAAUUUGAUAUUUAUUGGAAUGAGAUCCAGUCCUUCCAAGUGAGCUCGGGUGGAUAUGAUAUUUAAUCUUUUCAUUAAAAUAUUAAACCUUCCUUCAUGU